AUGGCAGGACACAACCUUCAUAUUGUUGCAAAAUGUUUCCAGCCUACGGAAUUCGAGCUACGCAGAAAAAAUGCUCAGUUUGCCAAUGCAGUCCGUUCAGGGAAGAAAGCCGUGAAGCCUUCGCGCCAGGAGAGAUUGUCGAAGCGCAGCCCCGUCAGCCUAGCGACUCUUGGUGUUAUUCUAUUUGUCGUUGUAGGAGGUGUGACCCAUUUCGUUGUCACCAGUCAUCUUUGA